CUAUCUCUAUUUUCUAAACACCUGAGAAUAAGUUUUAUACAUCAUGCUCCUUCAACACUUAAUACUGCCACAUACCUUUCCUAAGAAAAAGGUUGAGAGUGGUUAUCAAGUUCAAGAAAUUUAACAUUUUUAUAAAGCCUACAGUCUAUAUUCCAUUCCUUGACUAUUUCCUGAACACUUACAAUGUACUGGGGACUAAGGGACACACCUGCCAAGUAAGACAAACAAGUUUCUAUAUGACUAUGACAUUCAGGAUGGGGGUGGGGCAAGCAUGGAUAGAAAAUUAGUAAAUAAAUAAAUGGACAUGAUAAUUUCUGACUGUAGUAAGUGGUGUGAAGAAAGAACACAGCGAGGGCAUGAUCAAAGUGACCGGGGCAGGGUGAAGGCUACGACUGACCGUUGGCCAGGAAAGGCCUUUCGGAGGGGUUGACAUUUGAGCUCAGAGCCAAAUGACAAGGAGGAGCUCCUGUCCUAAGAUCGGGGGCAGAGGGGAGUAGAAAGCUAAGGGCCCUGCAGCAGGCAAAAGCCAGGAGGAAAGUGGUAGGAGGGGUGGCAGGAUUCUCAAAGUGGGGUCCCCAGACCAGCGGCAUCACUAUCACCCUGAACUUGCUAGAAAUACAAAUUCUCGGACCCACCCUAGAUUUACUGUAUCAGCUACGCUGGAGUGAGGCCUUGGAAUCCGAGUUUAAACAAGCCUCCUGGUGAGCCUCAAGCAAGCUCAAGUUUGAGAUUCUCUGCUGUAGGGCCCCACAAACCAGGGGGAGGAUUUGGGUUCUAUUCCAAAGGUGAUGGGAGGGUCUGCUCUGAGUGGAGGCAUCAUAUGGUGUGACUUGUCACUUGGAAAGAUCACGCUGGAAAGGACUGAAGAGAAGAGGGGGUGCAGGAGGAUGGCAGUUGGGGUUCAGGCAGAGGCCACGGAAAGAUAUAGGAUUCAGGCGAUGGCUCAGUGCUGCCUUCCUGGCCCCACUGUGCCUCAGCCUCCAGAAUAAUCAGACCCAGACUUUCUCUUCAUAACAGGAAGACAAGCCAUUCUGUAUUAACCCCUGCCACGUGUGGUACAUUGUCCCAUCCAGUCCCCACUGUAUUUUCUCAAUCCCCAGUUGAGAAAUGAGAAAACACGAGGGCCUGGAGUGGUGAAAUGACUUGGUUAAGGGAAACGUUUGAAAGUGGUGGAAGUAGGAGUCUAACUGAGAUCUGACUGAGUCUAGAAUGUGUCAGCUCGACUGCAACACACCGGCGUCCAGCUCACUAUUUGCAUUUAUGGUAGCAAGCUUGCAUCUGUGGCCUUCCCCACUCCCUGGGUCUCUAGUCCCCACCGCCAUGGAUCUCUGUCCUCCUCCUUGGGUCUUUGUUACCCCCUUCCUAGGUCUCUGUCCCUCUUUCUGUGUUUUUGCCUUUUCUGAACCCUCUCCCUGGGUCUCCAUCCCCCCCACUCUGGGUCUCUUAUCUCCCUUUCUCUGGGCCCCUGGGCCCCUCUCUCUGGGUCUCUCUCCCUGUCCCCCUGCAUCUCUGUCCCCAGUGUCACUGUCUCCAUGUCCUUUAUCCUUUCCCCUCUACUCAGGCCUCUCCUCCCCUCUCUCCCCAGGACAGCUCCGGGCUCCGGCUCUGGAAACGCCGCUGGUUCGUGCUCUCCGGGCAUUGCCUCUUCUACUACAAGGACAGCCGCGAGGAGAGCGUCCUGGGCAGCGUCCUGCUCCCCAGUUACAGCAUCAGACCAGAUGGGCCGGGAGCCGUGCGAGGCCGGCGCUUCACCUUCACCAGGACCCGGCGUCCGGGUCCUGAGCCCUCUCCUCCCGCAGGCGGAGCACCCGGGCAUGAGGACCUACGUCCUGGCCGCGGACACGCUGGAGGACCUGCGGGGCUGGCUGCGGGCGCUGGGCCGGGCCUCCCGCGCCGAGGGGGACGAUUGUGGGCUUCCCAGGUCACUCGCACGUCCCCAGCCUGGGGAGGGUCCUGGCGGCCCAGGUGGUCCCCCGGAGGUAACCAGAGAGGAAGAGGGCCGCAGCUCAGAAUCGCCGGAAGUGGCUCGGCUCUCCGAGGGGCGUGGCGGACCCGGGCUGCCCGCUCCCAGCCCCACCGCAGACCUCCAGGCUGGACCCCGGAUUCGGAGGGCGAGGAGCCCGGACCUGUUCACACCCCUCGCUCGCCCUCCUUCUCCUCUGAGUCUUCCCCGGCCCCGUUCUGCUCCUGCGCGCAGACCCCCUCCCUCAGGAGAGACAGCAUCCCUUGCUCGACCCCACAUCCCCCUGAGUCGCGUGGAUGUCCGACCUCUCCUGGAAUGGGGCCCCCAGCGCCGGACCCUCUCCCGGCCCCCCACUCCGCGCCGAGGACCCCCCUCCGAACCUGGGGGAGGAAGGUCCCCCAGGAGCUCCCAACCCUGGAGUCAGGAGCCUAGAACACAGCUGAGCAGAGAGCCUCCCCCAGGCACCUCUACUUAUCUCCAGCUCCCUCCGCGACCCCCUGGCACCCAGGCCUCCAUGGUUUUAUUGCCAGGUCCCCCCCUGGAUUCGACCUUCCACCAAGGCUUGGAGACAGAUACCCUGCUGACCAGGUUGUGCGGGCAGGACCGGCUCCUGAGGAGGCUGCAGGAGGAGAUAGAUCAGAGGCAGGAGGAGAAGGAGCAGCUCGAGGCAGCCCUGGAGCUGACCCGGCAGCAGCUGGGCCAAGCAACCAGAGAGGCUGCGGCUCCUGGGAGGGCCUGGGGACGCCAGCGCCUCCUGCAGGACCGACUGGUCAGUGUGAGGGCCACCCUCUGUCACCUGACCCAGGAGCGGGAGCGAGUCUGGGACACUUACGGCGUCCUGGAGCAGGAGCUGGGCACCCUGCGAGAAACCCUCGAGUACCUGCUGCACCUCGGGUCCCCCCAGGACAGAGCAUCUGCUCAGCAGCAGCUGUGGAUGGUGGAAGACACACUGGCGGGUCUGGGGGGCCCCCAGAAACCAACCCCUCAUGCAGAGCCUGGUCCCCCAUCACCCCCACGCCAAGGCAAGGAGUCCUUGGAGAGGGAGAGCCUACCUGAGUCUUUGGAGCUGAGCUCUCCCUGGUCCCCCAAGAUUGACUGGGGACGGCCCCCCAGGGGUGACAGAGACCUUGCCAGCCCUGCCUCAGGUCUCGGGUCUCCAAGGGUCUCCCGGGCUUCCAGCCCUGAGGGUCGCCGUCCCCCUUCCCCGCAGCCAGGAACCAAGGCCCCCCUCACCCGGCCCCGGAUGAGUGCCCAGGAGCAGUUGGAGCGCAUGCGCAGACACCAGGAGUGUGGACGGCCCCUCCCUCGCCCCACCUCACCCCGGCCCUUCACCCUGGGGAGGACACUGUCCCCAGCCAGACGCCAGCCUGACGUGGAACAAAGGCCUGUCCUAGACUCCCUGGGACACUCCGGAGCCUCGAAAUGGCUCAGAAGCUCCGGGUCCUGGAGUAGUCCGAGGAACACCACGCCUUACUUGCCCACAUCCGAAGGUCACCGGGAGCGGGUCCUCAGCCUCUCCCAAGCCCUGGCCACUGAGGCGUCGCAGUGGCACAGAAUGAUGACAGGUGGAAAUCUGGAAGCCCCGGGAGAACCUCUUCCCCCGGCGCCGCCGCCGCCGCCGUCGGACCUCGCGCCGCGGCUGACCUCUCCCCCGGGGUCUCCUCUGGUGGCCAAGUCCGGCCCCUCGGGGUCCGCGCGGCGGGGCGGGGGGCAGGGCGGAGGCCCCGCCCCCUGGGAGACCACGUGGGCAGCCGAGGCCGCGCCCCCCGCCCUGGCCCCGGGCGAGGGGGCGUGGCCUCUGCGGGUCACGCUGCUGCAGUCCAGCUUCUGAGCCGCCAAUCGGAGGGGGGGUGUGGUCUGGAGUUCCCCGCCCCCACUCCCCGCGGCCUGGAAGGGGGGGGGGCGGUUUCUGCAGCCAAAACUUGGUUUUCCCAGCCCUGUCCCAAUUCCUAUUAAAACUUUGAACUCUUA